AUGGUAACUAUAGACCUUAAUGGUGAACCUGCUGUGGAAGAAGAAACCAUUGUGAACAUUCCCACGUCCAACCCCCCUGCCGUAGGCAUGUCCAUUAAUUCCGGUCACGAGUUUAGUGAAUUUUGUCAUCGUUAUGCCUAUAAAGAGGGGUUUGAGAUGUUUGUGAAAAGUAAUGUUAUUAGAAAGGAGUACAAAGACAAGGGUGUUAGUAAAAUAGGUUUUGGAGAUCUUGAGGCUAGGCCGCAUAUGAUGGAACGAAUCAGAUUAAAAUGUAAGAAGGGUGGUGUUAAAUCAAGUAUUGGUUCUAAUGUUACUGGUUGCAAGAUGUUUGUUUAUGGGACGCAGAAGGACGGAGAGUUUAUAAUAAUUAGUUGUGACUUAAAGCAUAAUCACCCUCUUAGCCCCAAUUGCAGUAGAAUGAUGGUUAACUACCGUUGCAUUGAUGGUCCUACAUUCGAUAGGUUAAUGAUAAACGAAAGGGGGGGAGUUAGUAUUAGUAGAAACUUUGGCACUCAAUUGAUUGAAAAAGGGGGCUUUGAUAAUAUUACUUUCAACAAAAAGGAUAUUAGAAAUGCCAUAGCAGUUGAACGGCGUAAAACAAUGUUUGAGAAAGGUGAUGCUGCCGGUCUUGAAGAUUACUUCAAAGCACAACGAGAACUUAAUGGGGAUUUUUAUAGUUCUAUUCAACGUGAUGGUGAAGGUAUUUUAAAAAAUGCAUUCUGGUCUGACGCGCGUAGUAGAGGGACUUGCAAAUAUUUCGGUGAUGUUAUAAGUUUUGACACAACUUUUUCAAGCAACAGGUAUCGUAUGCCAUUUGCUCCUUUUGUUGGCGUAAACCACCAUGGAAAAUCGACUGUAUUUGCGGCCGCUUUAAUCUCACAUGAGGAUACUGAAAGUUUUGUUUGGGUGUUUGAGGAAUGGCUAAAGUGUAUGGGUAAGCCUCCGAAGGGCAUUUUGACUGAUCAAGAUAGGGCAAUAUGUAGUGCAAUAGGAAAAGUCUUCCCCGGUGUUCCACACCGACUCUGUUUGUGGCAUAUGCCACAGAAUGCAUCCCGGAAUCUCGGUAAGCUAGCCGACUGGAAAAGCAUUGAUACGCUGAUCAGAACAGCCGUGCAUGAUAUGCUCGAUCCCGAUGAGUUUGACGAGGCUUGGUGUCUUGUGAUGGAUAGAUAUAAUCAACGAGGUAAGGGUUGGAUGCAGGAUUCAUACGACAACCGUCGGCAAUGGGCACCAGCCUACAACAGAGGCACAUUUUGGGCUGGAAUGUCAUCUACGCAGAGAAGUGAAGGUAUGAAUCGUUACUUCAAAAUUCAUGUAGACUUAGAAUGUGGAUUACUCCAAUUUAUUAAAAACUACGAGUUCUGUAUGAAGAUAAAGGCACAGGAAGAGAAGGAGGACAAUUUAAAAAGUCUAGAUACGCCUCCUCGACUAGAUGUUGACAAGAGUGUGUUAGCUGAGUAUGUGUUUCACAAGGUUUACACCAAUGAGAUGUUUGUUGUAGUUGUUAAUGAGCGUAAAGGUUUAACCCACACAAACGUGACUAAACUUGACGCACUAGGGUCACUUGUUAUUUAUAGAGCAGACGAGAAGCUAACCUCUCCUCAUUGGAGGAAAAGGUUUAAGAGCUACAAUGUUACAGUCGAUAAGGUUAAGGGGGAGUUAUCUUGUUCAUGUCAAAUGUUUGAAUUUAGAGGUAUAUUAUGUCGGCACAUGCUAAAAGCUAUGGAUGUUGAGGAUUUUCAAUUUAUACCGGAGAAAUAUAUACUAGAUAGGUGGAGUAAGCAAGUGAGGUCAUAUGAGACUAUUAGGGUUUCGUACUUUGAUCCUGAAGAAUCAAAACGGUUAGCAAAAGCUAAAGAGCUAUCUCAAAGGCAUAAUUAUUUGAAAGACUUAGCAAUGCAAAACGAAACUGCGUACAAGUUGUAUACCGAAGGUACUGACGUACUUAGGCUAAAAAUGGAGGAUGCGGUGGGUAUUAGGAAAACUGGUGACGUAGGUGAUGUUUCCAUCUGUUGGUGGGAUCCCGAUGCACGUAAUGUGUUUGGCCGUCGUAGGUUACGGCCAAGAGAGUAUAAUGAACGCGCCUUAAGAAGGACAGUUGUACCUCCCGAAGAAGGUGUGUUGAAAACCCCUAUUGAUAAGAGGCAUGUGGGACGGUCAAAGAAAGGACCUUCUUCGAUCUACGACAAAACUAAGGGGAAGCAAGCAUGUUCGCACGCUGAGACUGCAGCUAACGAGGAACUUAUUAGGUCUAUGUAUGGACAUAUUCCUACGUACCGGGCUAGGCAAGAACACGCCAACAACCUUCACGACGUUCGUGUACAUCCGCAAUACAACGGACCUGUUUUAGAAGACGUUCCCGAAAGUUCACAAAUCAAUUUAUCUGAAGAUAUAUCCCAGAUUUUCGAUUACGAAACCUAUGAAUGGCGCAGUAGAAUGGGAGGAUGGAUGACAUUGUAG